CUGCCUGGGACAGGGCCCCUGCCCCCCACCAGCCUGCAUGGGGCCCAACCCCUGCCCCUCACCAGCCCACGCAGGACAGGGCCCCUACUCCCAGCUAUUCAGCCCAGGACCAAAGAUUCGUUCCACACCAGCCCAGAUGGAACCAUGACUCUGCCUCCCAUCAGCCUGGCUGAACCUGGGUCUCCACUCCCUGCCCCCCUUCCCAGAGCCAGGUCUCCAGCCCCUGCCAGCCCCCCACCCCCUCCCAGAGCUGGGUCUUCACCCCCUGCCAGCCCCCUGCCCCCUGCUACCCCUCCCAGAGCUGGGUCUCCACUUCUUCAUUCUCUACCCCCUGCCACCCCCCCUUCCCCAGUGUCUCUGAGCCAGCCCCCAGCUACAUUUCUGCCCAUGGAGGAUGCCCCUUGCAUGCCUCCCAUAUCACCCCAGGGCUCCGCUGAGGGCUCCCUGCUGGCAGAGCCGGUGCCCACUGAGGGGCCCCAUGGCAGUCUCCCAGAUGUGCCAACUGGGCCCCUUGCUGACCCCACUAAUCCAUCACUGGCCGGAGAGGAGCCUGCUCAAAGCUGCCCAGUUCUCUCCAGCGCAGAGUCCUGCUCCCUGGAACCUCUGCCUCAGUCCGUGCCCCCGUGGCCCUGGCAUCCUGGCCCCUCCACGGCUGCAGCCCCCAUGGCAGGUGGGUCCCUCAUCCGUCUCCCCGUAGGUGGGGAGGCACCGCCGGAGCCCUCCCACGGGCACUGCCUGGCGCCAGAGGCCAGCCUGGCUGAGCUCCUCCCGGAGUCAGGACACAACGGCAUAGCAGGCCAGGAGGCCGGGAGGUGGCCAGAGCUCAGGGAGCUGGAGCUGGAGCCAGGAGAGAAGGGGACACAGCCUGGGUAUCUCUGCAAGGCGGCACCAGGCGGGCGGCGCUGGAGGGGGGGGAGGCCGUUGAGGGCCCCUCCCCCCACACUGCGUAGACAGCAGGGGCUGCUGGACCCCAGCACUCAUCUCACCCACAGAGCCCGCUUGGGCUCGGCUUUAUGACUGCGACGCGCCAAGGGGCUGCUCGGAUUGCACCCCCCACGGGCCCUUCUAAGAACCAGCAAUCCCCCCCCAUUCUGGGGGUGCCUGCGCUCUGAACCCCCAGCACCUCAGUCUCUGCUCGCUGGGUGAGCCCCCGACCCACCAUGUUACCCUGCAACCUGGGCCGUGGCCUCCACGACCAAAUAAAGGAGCUGUGGGAACUGGC